AUGAAGAGGCAGCUUCCAGUGGCGUAUCGAGAUUUGCUUCGGGACGCCAUAAGAGAAAAUGAGAUCUCUAGCCGAUCUGCGGGUGAAGGCAGUUUGAAAAGAAGGAAAAAACACACAAAAAGUGAGAGUGCCACUGAUGACCACUACGAAGGCGAUAACUCUGCGCCAUCGUUCUCUAAUGACGAGUCCAACUCUGAUGUUGUGGAGACAUCGCCAGUGUUGUAUAUUGAUGAUAAGAAAUCAUUGAACGUGAUGUUUCGUGAAAUCGGGCGGGAGGAUCCGACUGUGCCGAGUGGUCCAUCAGUGGAGCUAGUCAGUGGAGAGACUUCGGAGCCUGAGGACGACUUUGAUGAUGAUGAUUUUGAGGAUAUUGAUCUGGAAGGUUUUGGAGAUUCAUCCCGUGUGGAAGAGAAGUCAAAAUCGCACCCUUAUGACUUUUCUGAAGAGACUGAUAGCAACGAGCUAACAGUCAAGCUCAACCCUAGGGAAUCGGAAGAGACUGUACAAAAGCGCAAAAAGAGCGCAAAGACCACGAUUUCAACCGAAGAAAGGAAUAUCAGAAUAUUUAUUCAUACUGCGUAUCUGGUGUGCAUGACUGUUCAUGGGUCCAUCAGAAAUAAAUGGUGCAACAGCCCAAACAUCCAGCGUGGACUCAGGAAAGGAUUGUCUCUUAGUAUCAUGCAAGAGAUCGAAGACUACAGAAGGCCUGCUCCUCCAAACCCAAACAGGCCACUAGAAGUGCAGUUGAAGACGCGAAGGUUUCUAGAUAUUCUCAGGCACUUGAUGGAACACUGGAGACGAACAUUCAAAAUCAUACAGAAGUCUCAUCUCAAAAAGAGACUGUGGAGUGAAAUAUCUACUCCAGGAAAAUGCGAUAGGGUCUCUUUCAAAAAGUUCAACAAGCAGUUGCUCAAAACACAUCGCGGUUCCAGAGAUGUCUCUGCUCAAGGCUUCGUUGCGCUGCUGAGAUCGCUAGGAUUUCAGGCUAGACUCGUGUUUUCCCUACAGCCGCCUGAUUUCACAAUAACUUCUGCCAUUGAGACAAUCGAGUCUAAACGUGCAAAGUCAGAGUCCACCUCAGAUGUGGCAGCAUCCACUGCUAAACCAGUCAAACGGAAGCCACUGACUUCUGCCGAAAGGCUGCUUGAAUCGCUCCGAACGGGUAAGCCAAUAACGGCACUUUCAAAUCAUACAUCGGAGAACAGAGAUCUAAGCGAUUAUCCAGUAUUCUGGUCAGAGGUAUGGAAUCAGCAUUCCAAGAAGUGGGUCUCAUUAGACCCUGUUGUUCUGAGAACCAUAGAAGUGAUAAGUGGGCCUACAAAGUUUGAGCCACCGUUAUCGGACAGUCGCAAUAAUGCAUUUUACGUUGUAGGUUAUGACGGCAAAGGUGGUGUUCGCGAUAUCACUAGGCGGUACACAGUUUCAUUUAAUGCGAAGACGAGAAAGAAACGAAUCACAAGAACGCCACAAGGAAAUUCUUGGUGGAAGAAAGUACUACUUUCCGUUUGCUCUUCUACAAGAAGAUUCAAAGAUUCUUUGGACAAUCUUGAGGACGAGGAGUUUUCCAAGAGGUCUGCCCAUGAAGGCAUGCCUAAUAAUGUUCAGGAUUUCAGAAACCACCCAAUAUAUGUUCUUGAAGAGCAUCUCAGAGCGAACGAGGUUCUUCAACCAAAGAUCAGUUGCGGAACGCUCAGGAAGAAAGGUACGAAUAAAGCUGUUCCUGUUUAUAGAAGAUCGAACUUGAAAAUUGUUAGAUCUGCCAAAGCUUGGUACAUGAGAGGAAGAAUGCUGAAGACAGGGCAACGACCCCUGGUAAUCAGGGAGGCUCCUCCAAAGAAAAAAAGCAACAGAAAUGAGGACAAUUUUGUGCUUUCCGAAGAAGACGAAGAAGACACAGAUUUGAGGCUAUAUUCUGAGGAUCAAACAGAGUUGUAUGUUCCUCCUCCCGUGGUUGAUUGCCAAGUUCCCAAAAACGCAUAUGGAAACAUUGAUCUGUAUACGUCUUCGAUGUUGCCGGAGGGUGGAGUAUACGUGGGCUCCAAACAUGCCAUGAAAGCUGCUAAAAUUAUUGGAGUUGACUUUGCAGCAGCCGUUAUAGGCUUUGAUUUCACCGGAGGAAAAGGUGGUGUUGCGAAGACUCAAGGUAUUGUGGUGGCCAAAGAGUAUGCGGAAGCUGUAAACCUUACCGUUGAGCAAUUGGAAUAUGAAGAAGAGCUAGCCAAGAGGCAGCGUGCUGAGCAGCUUGCGUUGAGAGGCUGGAAGGUGUUUCUCACAAGACUUCGCAUUAUGGAUAGGCUUAACGAGGAGCACGGGAGUUUGGAAGACAAAGAACGAGAAGAGCACAAGCAUGAUAGCGAAAGUGAUAACGAACUCGGUGUUUUCGGUGGUGGUUUUGUUCCAGAGUCGCGCAAACGACCAGCUGGCUAUGAAGAUUCUGUUGAGGAAGAUGAAGCACCAUACAGAGAUGAUCAAGGUGAAGAUAUCUACGGGGAUUUUGCUGAAACAAAUGGCGGGUUCUUCGGUGGAGAUGAUGGCGAUGAGUCCGGGCAAGAAGUCGGUGGAUUCAUGGAAAAUGAGGAACUGCAAGAAGAAAAACCAGACUUGAGUGAAUUUGAGGUCGAUGAUGGAAAGUCACCAGAUCGGUCAGACGACAUCGGUGGAGGUUUCUCAGUAGAUGAAGUGGCUCCUGCCAAAGAGGAGCCACCAGCUUCGACUAAACCUUGUUCAUUCAGUUACAACCGUUCGUUAUCUUCAUCAUCAAGUGAUUAUGAUGAUGUCUCCGAAAGUGUCUCUGUGAAUCGAGAAGUCAACAUUAUCGAUGAUCCCAGAAACUACACGUUCAUCAGCGAUGGAGAGUCAGAUUCCCGCGUACCUCCGAAAAAGCACUAUUUGUCCCACGGUCGUUCCAAAAAUUCGCCUAUUGAAAUCUCAGAUUCAUCUGGUGGGCCGGUCUCACAUGAUAUGAUUAGUUCCGGCAGUGAAAAUGAGCAUGAUGUUGAAGAGGAUGCAGGUCAUGAAGAACCUUUUUCCGAUGAUGGAUAUGAAUUUGAAUAUAGUGAUUGA